CCUUCUAAACUAAACAACGAAAUACAUCUUUUGAGGAGAGAGUUUGAAGACAAGAACAUUACAUCCAUUCAGAACACCAAAUUAUUCAUUUGCCCAAGUUUAGCACAUGAGGACACAAAGGACUGUGGAUGAUUUAAGGCCAAUUCAUCUCAGCAUUCCCAAACAGAAGGUUUCAAAGGCGAGUCUGAUCCCCCUGUUAGCACCUUGAAUCUCGGAUAAAUAUGGCAUCGGGUGAAACGAAGAAAAUUGAUGAAAUCAGCGACAUACCUGAUAUGUUUAAAGCAAUGGAGGCACUUGGAAUCUCUGCCACGGGACUAAAGACACUGGAAGAGAUGAAAGACAAAGUGCAGACCGAACUUAAGUCUUCAAAAACCUCCAGUGGUACAGAAAGUCAGCCAUUCCAAGCUCUGUCAGAAGCAUUCAAGAAAGACAAGCAAAAACGUGCCAAAUUGUGUAGAAUAUAUGAAGAAACAAAUGGUUUCCUUGACCAGCUAAACGAACACACAGCUGUCAAAGUCCUCGAAGAAAGCGUGGAUGACUUUAAAACAACUCUGGAGGAUAAUAUGAAGAACAUCAAACCGAGAGAUCAGUAUAUUGUCCUGCUUGCAGGUGAAACCAGCGCGGGAAAAAGUAGCAUCAUCAAUCUCAUUCUUGGAGAAGAUCUUCUACCUUAUAAAACCCUCUGUUCCACUUCAACAAUAUGUGAGUUGAAAUAUGGCGAGAAACCUGCUAUUCGGGCACACUUUGAAAACGAAGAGAAGAAUCCGCCAAUUUGCAGGGAGUUUGGAGACCCUUCGCAGAAUUUCAAAGAGGAAAUAGCAGAAUUUACUUCCUCAAGAACUCAAGAUGGACGAGAGAGAGCUCCCUGCAAGAAGGUAGAGGUGUUUUGGCCGCAUCAAUUGCUCAAGGAAGGUGUAAUGAUUGUUGACAGUCCUGGAGUUGGGGAAAGCCAGGCUAUGGAUGAAUGUGUGCAUAGUUACCUAGAAAAUGCCUUUUGCUUUAUGUAUGUCAUAAAAAGUUCCAAUGCCGGAGGUGUUCAGGAGGACAGGUUGUUGUCCUUACUCCAAAAAGUGAAAGCCCAUAAGGGGAAUGAAAGAAUGGAUGACAGACUAUUCACCAAAAGUGCUUUGUUUGUUUCCAACUUUUGGGAUACAAUCCCCCCUGAAGAAGUUGAUGAGGUAAAGAAUUCACAGCUUGAGGCACUGACCAGGAAGAUGGGCGAACUGGAUGAGUCACAAAUCAUUUACAUGUCGUGCAAGAGAGUUCAGCUCGCACAGUCGUAUGGCCUCAUCACGGGGGAAUUUCAUCAGCUCAUAAAUGGAAUUAGCAGUCUUCUAAAGUCCUAUAUGAAUGACAGUCUACAAAUCUACUACAAGUGGUUGGACGAUUUCCUGUUUUGUGCGUCUGAGAAGGUCAGGAUCGCGUUGAAUUUGACGACCCUGUCACGCAACGGAAUAGAGAAGAAGAUGCAAAAAGUGAUGGCUAGGAUGGCUGAACUGGAAAAAUCGCAAGAUCAGCUUUUCAACGAGCUCAGUGAAUACCAAGCAGAGGUGAUCAAAAAAGUUAUCAACAAUCUUGCCGCUUAUUUCAAAUCCGAAGAAACUACCAGAAGAUUCUGCACAUGGUCCUUAUCUGACCUGCCUGAGGCUAAAGCAACAUGGGAAGAAACGGAAAGUGAAGCAUUGAGAUGUAUCUCUGAAAGAGCCCGUACGUUUGUGCAGAAAUGGGAAGAGGACGAAGGUCAUUUUGCGAGAACCCAAGGUACGCUUAUAAAAUAUUGCUCUGUGAAAUAUGACAUUAUGGAGGAAGAAAUCAGAUAUCUACAAGUAGAAGCAGGAAGACCAGAGCAGGGGAACCCUAGCUGUGAGCCUCCCAAGAGACAUACAUCACGAAGACGAUUCCCAAGAAUCCACAGUGGUCUACAAGGCAGCACCCCAAUGUGGUUCAGACAAGGUCUGACCUCGGUGGUACUUGACACUCCGUUCAUCUAUAAUUUUCCUGAAAAACUAAAAAGAAACUUUCAACACAAAAAGAAGCUUGAAACAUUCAAACGCGCUCCUGAUGCCUACAUGCAAAUGGAAUCGAUGAAGUGUCUUGGACUCAUUGCCAAUGAAGAAAGUCUGCUCCCAUUCAUAAAUGAUCAGUUGAAGGAUGCUGUCCAGUUCUUGAAGAACAUCAAAGCCAAGAUAUCACGACUGAGAGAAGGUGAUAAGCUGUUAUAUAGUAAGCUACGCGAAGCGAACUCCAGAAGCACACUCCAAAUAAAAGAAGUCUAUGAACCCAUUCGUUCGCGUUUAGAAGUCUUAAAGCGUGAAGUAACAGUUUUUGAAGUCAACUCGUUAAGAACAUCAGACUUCUCAAGUAAGGAACUACAAUGGAACCAAGAUGACAAAUCUAUUGUUGGAAGGGGAUCUUUUGCUACAGUGUACAGUGGUGUUCUUUUAAGGCAAGGACAGCCAAAAGUUGAAGUGGCACUAAAAGUCUACAACAACCCUCUCAGAAGCAGCAACAUAUCACAUUUUAUUGGGGAAGAGUAUUCUUUGAGAUACCUAAAUCAUCCCAACAUAAUUAAAUUUUUUGGAACGCAUCUUCACCAAUCUUCACCGUCUUGGACAAAAGUGAUGAUAGUCUUAGAACUCUGCAAAUGUUCGCUCAACACUCGAAUCAUGUCCAAACCUGAAAAUGCUCCUGCGCACUGCAAAGACGAAACGGCGAGGGUGAAUGUGUUGCUCUGGGCUGAGCAGAUUCUUGAUGCUUUAAACUACAUUCAUGAUCAAGGUUUCGUCCAUCGAGAUCUAAAACUGGACAAUUUGCUGUUGACAGAUGACAACAAAGUGAAACUAAUAGAAGUUGGUAUAGCCAAGCACGAAAGAGAAAUAUCGGGCACAUCGCGCGAUAUCCUGACUUACCUUGCCCCCGAGGUCCUGGCAGGUAAAACUUACAACACCAAGGCAGACAUGUAUAGUUUUGGUGUGAUUCUUUGGGAGAUGUGGUAUGCUGAGACAGCAUUCCAACCAGAAGUUAUCCCCCACUCACCGUUCCAGCUUACGAGAGUCACGGUCACAGAAAUUAAAGCCCUGCGGCCGAAACACAUAGAAGGAACUCAUAAACCUUGGGGUACUUGGAAGGCCGUCAUGGAGUCGUGUUGGGAGAGCGAGCCACGUCAUCGAAUGACCGCUGCAAAUUGCCGACAAGAACUUGGAAAGCUCCGUCAGCGCAUACAGAAAAAAACAUCCAGCGGAUUGGCUGUGAAAGAUUUUCCGUUACCAGAGGCAACCCAAAGUCAAACAACCGCUGAAAGCAGUCAGAUUUCUUUGAAACCCGAGCCAAUGACUAAAUCAGAACAACUGCGAGCGCCGCCACCAACAAAACCCAAGCCAAAGAGAUCAUAUGUGGCGAUUGAAGAGGCAACCCAAAGUCAAUCUACCGCUGAAAGCAGUCCGAUUUCUUUGAAGCCCGAGCCAAUCACUAAACCAGAACAACAGCGAACUCCACCACCAACAAAACCCAAACCAAAAAGAUCAUCUGUGGCGAUUGAAGAGGCAACCCAAAGUCAAUCAACUGCUGAAAGCAGUCCGAUUACUUUGAAACCCGAGCCAAUCACUAAACCAGAACAACAGCGAACUCCACCACCAACAAAACCCAAACCAAAAAGAUCAUCUGUGGCGAUUGAAGAGGCAACCCAAAGUCAAUUAACUGCUGAAAGCAGUCCGAUUACUUUGAAACCCGAGCCAAACACCAAAACAGAACAACAGCGAACAUCCCCACCAAUGAAACCUAGGCCAAAAAGAUCGUCUGUUGUGAUUGAGGAGGCAACCCAAAGUCAAUCAACCGCUAAAAGUAGUCCAAUUACUUUUAAACCCAAGCCAAUCACCAAAACAGAACAACAGCGAACACUGCCACCAACAAAACCCAAGCCAAAAAGAAUAUCUGUGGCGUUUGAGGACAAUGUUCAAUUUCAAGGAUAGAUUCACAGAAAAAUGCUCAUGCACUGUUUUGAUGUGGCUCACUAACCAAAAAGGAUAACUCACCUGAAAACUAACACUUGAAUAACAAUGAUAUUUCAAAUGAAAAAGGGUUUUCUCAGUUAGAGGGCGAAGGAGAAACCCCAGAAAACAGCUGCUAAAAUAAACGAUUUCUAAAUAAAAAAAAAGUGAAUUAAGGCUGAAAGGAAAGACAGGUAAUGCCCCCCAAAAAAUAGGUAGUAUAGUCCUACAACACUUUGUUGAACUGAGUGGUCUUCAUGGAUUUAAAAGCGAUCGUUGAUGUUAUAGAGUUUCUUAAAGAUGCAAAUGCGGGUACAUGGAAUGUACAAGCCGUGAUAGUUGUUAAUAACCCUAAUAUUUGAAGGAGAAAUUAGAUGUUCGUCACUCUUCGGAGUCAAAGGGUUAAAUAACCAAAACCGGAUCGCUGGCUGGGUAGGGAACAUUUGAAAACUAACCGGAAAAACAAAAUUGUUGUGGGUGGGGAACAGUAUGCAUAAUAUGAAGGCGCUGAAACAAAUAUGAAAACAAUAAUGGAAACAAUUUCUUUUUUCGUGAAAAUUGGAAAUUCAUCUUGUCAUGUAAACAAUGAUUGAAAAUGCAUUUUAUUCCUGUUAGUUUCGUCGCUUUCAAACUAUAAGGGUGUUAUAGUGCAAGGAUGAGAGAUGAUCUUUCAAAUAUUGAAGAAUGCAGGGGUAGCAAAUUGAAAGCUCGAUCCUACCAUGCUAAACUAAUAAUGGUAUACUGAGUGGCGCUCAAUUCGGUCUGAAAUCAAACGAGUGACUAACAAAAUCAGACGAACGCGAAGCGGGAGUCCGAUUUGUCAGUCCUUGAUUAUGAUUACGGACAGAAUUGGACGACAAGAAGUCCUCUUACGAAUUAAUCAAAACUAUGACAAAAUUGUAGAAAGAAAGUAAACGUCGACUACACGUUUUCAUAAAAAAGCAAUAACAAUAACAGUAACUAGGAGAAAUGCACGACGAUAGCGCUGGCUCGUUACACUUACCCAGUCUAAUUACACAAGCAUGAUGUGUCAAUUGUACAACACACUGUCCAAUUACAUGCAUGAUGUGUACAUUUUCCUAUAGGCGGAUUCAUGCUGACGUCAUUGUUUACAUUUUUGCUCAUUUGCAUACGGCUUUGCGUAAAGA